CCGGAAGGGUCGGGACUUGGUGGUGGCGGCCGCCCAGUUCUUCGAUCCAAAGCUACCUUCAUGCUACCCAUCGACUGUGCGCGCCGGCUGGUGUCCGAGCUCCAGGGCGCCCUGGACUCCUGCUCUGAGCGACAGCGGCAGUUAGAGCGGAGCCUGCGCGUCUCCCGGCGGCUGCUGCGAGCUUGGGAACCAGCCGGGACCCCAGCUCCAGAGCCACCUCCAGAGCCAGAAACCAAGGAAGAGGACCCAACUCCAGCAUGCACACCAAGUGCCCAAGACCUCAAGGAGCUGGAGCUUCUGACCCAGGCAUUGGAGAAGGCUGUACGUGUGAGGAAAGGCAUGUCGAAGGCUGGACAAGAUAGAGCUCCCAGCCUGACAUCUACAUCUAUCGCAACCCCUUCUGGCACCACUGCCUCUGCUCAACCCCAAGUCUCCAGCCAGACUGGCAGCCAUGCAUCUAGUACAAGACCUACCAAAGGCAUCCACCAGGCUCCAGCCCCUACCAAAGACCACCCUGAGUGCAGACUUAUAUCAGGGGGAGUUAGGACCCAGGUGAAGAUGGGAGCCCAAGCCACCAGGCAUGGAGCAGGCUUCAGAGACCAACAGAUUCCCCCAUCAGCUGCUCUUCAGGCCACAGAAGCCUUCACACUCAAGGAGAUGGGGACGCUCCUGAGGCUACCUGUGGCCUUCAAGAAAGCAGCUUCCCAGAACUCCCGAUUGUGGGCCCAGCUCAGCUCUACACAAACCAGUGACUUCACAGAUGCCACCAGAGCUGCUAAAACCCAAUUUCUCCAGAAGUUGCAGAUGGCUUCAGGCUGGCCCAGCCAUAGGCCCAGUGCUGCGGAGGUGGAGGUGCAUGCUCAGAGCCUACGGAAGGCCUGUGCAUUGCUGAGACUGCGUAUGCAGGAGGAGCUCUCAACAGUACCUGCUGACUGGAUGCAAGAGUACCGCUGCCUGCUCACCCUGGAGGGACUACAGGCCAUAAUCAGGCAGUGUCUCCACAGGCUGCAGAUGCUGCGUGCAGCUGUGACAGAGCAACUGCCAGGACCAUGGCUUGUGGAGAAGCCUUCUCAGGCCUUGUCACCCUAUGGAAGUAAGGUGGACUUUUCCUGGAGCCCAGAGCCCCUUUUCUAUUCUAGCACCCAGGAGCUACAGACCUUAGCAACCUUAAAGCUACAAGUGUCCAUGCUGAACCAGCAGAUUCACCUAGAAAAGGUUCUGAUGGCUGAACUCCUCCCUCUGAUAAACACGCAGGAGCCACGAGGCCCACCCUGGCUGGCCCUGUGCCGGGCUGCAUACAGUCUACUCUGUGAGGGAAGUGAGCACUUUCUCACCGUCCUUCAAGAUGACUGAGUACCCUGAACAGACAAACCUCUCUGGGACAGUCCCCUCCUAUAUGGAAUGAAGUGAAGAGAUUGAGGGGAAUUUCCCUGGUAGGGGGAGCUGAGAGCACCGGAGAUACCUAUUCCUCACUGGGAAAGCUGGGUGGCCAAAGUGAAGUGCCCAGGGCUCCUCAGCUCUUCUCAGACACCAUGCCUGGUCAGGACUCAGCUUUCUGUUUGCUUAGGGCUUCGGACAGUACCGGGACCUAGAGAAGCCCUUCCUGGCCACCUCUGUUUCUCUCACUGUAGACCUAAGUACUACUGGUAUGUUAUUAGAACUGCUUUAGAAAGUACAUAUAUUUAAAUUAUACCAGAGUGGGACUUGG